AUGUUUUCUCAAAAUAUGCUUAUACGAGAUGGAGAAUACACGAAAUCUGUCUAUUCAAUGAUCAAAGAGGAGCGGUUUCUGGACGCCAUAAACGUUUUGAACAGUAUUCCUGAGGUGACCACAACCAGAGCUGGGUUGUCGCUGUUAGGACACUGCUACUACCAAAUUCAGGAUUUUAUCGAAGCGUCCAACUGCUACGAACUGUUGGUCAAUCUGGUUCCGGAUGUGCCGGAAUACAAACUGUACUACUCUCAAUCGCUUUUUCAAGCGGGACUUUUCGAAGAGUCUCACAAGAUGGUGAGCACCUUGGAAGCAUCCCACUUAAAAGAUAAAGUACUGCAGUUACAAUCAGCUAUUGCCUACGGCAAUGAAGAUUACACGACGGCGCAGUCGCUGCUGUUGCAACGCCAGGGUACAGGACAGGAGGCUUCUGUAAAAAAUGAUGAAGGUUGUUUACUGUAUCAGGCUAACAUGUACGAGGAUGCUAUUCAACGUUAUGUUUCCGCUUUGCAAGCUGGAGGUUUCAAUCCGCAUAUAGCCUAUAAUGCUGCUCUUUGCCACUAUCGUAAAAAAGAGAAUUCACAAGCACUAAAUUUUAUCGCAGAAAUAGUCGAACGUGGUAUUAGAAAUCACCCUGAGCUGGGAGUUGGCGCACAAGCAGAAACUGACGGGGGAGCCCGAAGUAUUGGGAAUCCGCCUGCUCUGGCUGCCUCUGGAUUGGCACAGGCAUUCAAUUUGAAAGCUGCAGUCGAAUAUCAGGAAGGCAAUGUUGAAGGAGCUCGUGAGGCUUUGACUGAUUUACCACCGCGCUCUGAACCGGAAUUAGAUCCAGUGACCCUACAUAAUAUGGCUUUAACCGAUCCCACAGGCGGUGGCGCUGGCCUUCGCCGGUUAGCUUUUCUCCUGGAAUUAGGACCUCCAACGUGUCCCCCGGAAACUUUUGCUAACUUGCUUCUGCUUUGCUGCAAACAUGAAAUGUACGAUACUGCGGCUGAUAUUCUUGCUGAGCAUACCCAUCUUACGUACAAAUACCUAUCUCCGUAUUUGUACGAUCUAUUGGAUGCUCUCAUUACUGCACAAUCUACUCCGGGAGAGGCAGAACAGAAACUUGGUGUUUUAGCUAACAACAUCGGUGGCAGGUUAAGAUCUCUGGCAGCCAAAGUGCAGGAAUGUAGGUCAUCUCCUGACCAGAAUGCUCUCCGGAUUGCUCUUCGUGAAUAUGAAUCAGCUUUAGAAAGUUAUUUGCCAGUAGCGAUGGCUCGUGCUUGGAUACCAUGGCGUGUGGAUGAUUUCCAGGGAGCUGAGCGGGAGUUCCGAGCUAGUGCUGAGUUUUGUUCGGAAACUCCAACCUGGCGUUUACAUGCCGCUCAUGUAUUGUUUAUGCGAGGAGAUCGCUACAAAGAAGCCGCCGCUUUUUAUGAACCUAUCGUUCGGCAGAAUUACGAUGAUAUUUUGGCAGUUUCUGCAUCGGUCUUGGCGAAUCUUUGCGUAGCAUAUAUCAUGACGUCUCAAAACGAAGAAGCCGAAGAAUUAAUGCGUAAGGUGGAGCGAGCAGAGGAACGUAAAGGGACAAGUAACGAACAGUGUUUGCACCUGUGUAUUGUCAAUUUAGUUAUUGGUACAUUAUAUUGCGCUAAAGGAAACUUCGAAUUUGGACUCUCUAGAAUAGCACACGCUUUAGAUGGAGGAUCCGGUGCAAGGCUUUGCGCCGACACAUGGCUUCAUGUAAAACGAUGUGUGCUAGGUUUGCUUACCGGACUAGCCAAACAGACCAUUGUGCUGCCUUCGAUAGCCAUUCAAGAAACGUUAAGUUUUCUCAGAACAUGCGAAGUGUACGGUUUAUCCAUCCCUUCUGUUCUGACCGGUCCACUAGAAGAGUCUGGAGAACAACCACCAACGAUUGGAUUGGAAGCGCGUAAGCUGAGAGCUUUAUUGCUACGACUGAUGGAAUACAAAUAA